AUGGAUCCAAGGAAUCCAUAUAGCCGAAAUUCUGGUUAUGUGGGGCUUCUUAACAACCUUCAGAAUAACAACGUUCAGGAUAACUUUCCUUAUGAAAGUUAUCCUUCCAGUGUCGACAUUGGCGCCUCUGAAAACCCUCCCUUCAGUUCCCAAGAGCCUGAGGGUCCAUCCCAACCUGAGGACACACCAGUGGAGCGUUUGGUGAGAAGAAAAUGGACGCCGCGUGAUGACGAGGUGGUGAUUAGUGUGUGGCUUAACAAAUCAAAGGACGCUGUUGUCGGAAAUUCUAUGAAGUUAAAGACCUUCUGGAAAUGCGUUGAUGAGUUCGUUGCAGAAACUCUUCAUGAGAAGAUAGAGAAUGUUCACUGUAAGCAGAGGUGGCACAAAAUCAAUGAUCAAACGAACAAGUUCUGUGCCGCAUUCUCUGCUGCAGAGAGACAAAUAACCAGCGGUCAGAGUGACAAUGACUUACUAAAGGUGGCUCAUCAAAUCUUCUACGCUGAUCAGGUGUUCCUCGGAAGGUUGGGGUUCAUUACCCUCGAGCACGCGUGGUGUGUCCUGCGGCACGAGCAAAAGUGGAUAAGCCUUAACACACCUACGCCCACCGGUGCAAAGAGAAAGAGUGGUGAAGUGAAUUCUGAAACUGUCGGCGCUCAUGUAGGUGAGGAGAGUCCACAAGCACCAGUGCGUCCUGAAGGUAUCAAAGCUGCGAAAGCAAGCAGGAAUAGUAGUAAAGGGAAGGCUAUUGAGGACUAUAAGAGCAUUUACGAGCUCAAGUGUGAAGAUUUGGCGAGGAAGGAGAAGCUGUCUAAGAUGGCGAUAUUAGACACUCUCCUUGCUAAGACGAGUCCACUAAGUGAGAGUCAAGAAACCGUAAUGAACAAGCUCUUGGCCGAACUCUUCUAG